AAAAUAAAUGAUAUCAUUCGACAUAUAAACAAUAUUUGCAAACGUCAAACUAUUUUCACAGCUUCAAUCUGUUACUAUUGCAAAAAUAAUAAUUCGCGACCAUCUAAAGAAAAUAAUCCUGUUCGUUCUUCAUAAAUACAGUGCCCACAAUAAUGGCAGAUCCCAAAUUCGAGAAUUUACCAGGCAUUGCUUAUGACCAACCCGAUGUCUACGAAACACCGGAUAAUGCUGAAACGGAGACAUCCGACUAUUAUGAAGAAGAGCCCGAAAAUGAAGCUAUCGAACGUUUGCAUAUCUCAACCCAAGAUGCUUAUAAACGAUUCCGUGGAUCGUCCUUGGCUGGCAAUGUAGAUUUCUCCGACCGAAUUGGUCGACGUUCAUGCCGUGGCUAUGACGCCACCACCGGUGAGUUCGAGCUUUCUGGUAUGGGUGAAAAGGAAACUCCCGUCCAAAAAUGUCGUCGUUUGCAAUGUGAGAUGAACGAGCUUUUGGAGGAAGUUUCGUCAUUACAAAAUGACCGAAAGCUGGUGCAGGAAGAGAAGGAAUCAUAUGAUGCUGUCGCCACUAUUAUAACGACUGCUAAAAAGGUUCUCGACUCGUUGCGACUAGAACAGGUAUUGGGCAAAGAACAGGCUCCAAACAAAGCUGAUAAGGAAGUAAAAGCUCUUAUUAAUCAAGUUGACGAGUAUAAAAAUUCUGGUGUUCUCACCGCUAUUCCAACGCCUGGAACCGACUUAGCCUCCUCGGCUCGUAUUGCAAAGCUGGAGCAUCGUCUACACCAAUUAGAGCAAGCGGUGGGAGCUCAACCGGAAAAGCUUAGCCGUUUGACAACACUAACGCAAAGCACAAAUGUGAUGGAUGCUGUGCGUCAAUUAAAUACCAAAGCAGCCCUAUUGCAAUCAGAAAAAAUAGAUGUCAUCGAAGAGCGCUUAGGCAGCCUUGGUGCAAAAAUGGAUGCAAUUGCUGCAAAAUCCAGCGGCUCGUCUGACGAUGCCAAACGUGACCAAAAAGUAGUGGAAAUGUAUGACAUAGCAAAACGUACCGAACCAGUUGCGGAGAUUUUACCCGAUAUCAUAGAAAGAAUGCAAGCUUUGGAAUCAUUACAUAAAUAUGCCAUGAAUUUUGCGAAAAUCAUUGCUGAGAUUGAGGAGAAACAAACAACAAUUACCACAUCUCUUGUCAAUAAUAAAGAAUUAUUGCAUUCAGUCCAAGAGACAUUCGCACAAAAUUUGGAAGCUAUCAACAAGGAAGUUGCAAAGGUAGAGGAGCGGGUCAAAACUAUUUCCAAUAAGAAGUAAACAUAGACAAAUAGUAAGCAGGACAUUAAAAUUGUCAAAACUCAUUAUUCAAAGAAUGUAUUAAUAAAUUAUUAUAAAAUAA